CCUCCGCGGCGGUAACACCGUUCAAACAGAGGAGCAUCAUGGCGGCGGCCAUAGAGCGGCUGCUGUCCGAAAUCUCGGAGUCGGAGGAGCCGAUAGAGGAGCUGAGGUGCCUCAGUACUGCCGUGUCCGCGACCCCGCUGAGCGCGCUGAGAGAGAGCCUGUCCCCGGAGAAGCUGGGGCUCAUUUUCUCUCUGCUGAACACCAGCGACAGGCAGCAGGUUAAGGUGUGUGUGGAGAUCUUGGGACGUGUCUUGCAGGUGUUGGAUCCUGUUCAGUUGGCUCAGAACUGCAAAUUAGAGCUGCAGAGUGGGCUGAACCAUCCUGAUGAUUCUGUUAAAGUGCUGGGUCUCCAACAGAUUAGUCGGGUGAUUGGCCACUCUGAGGGGAUCACAGAGAUGCUGAACAGUCCUGAGGUUCUGCGGGAUGUAAUCCGAUGUGUGGGAGCAGAACGUAUAGGCGUUGCCAAAGAGGCCAUUUCUGCCCUCAGCAUGCUGAGUAACACCAAGGCGGGGCUUGAUGCUCUCUUCCGCUCCGAUUUGCUGAAGGAGCUCAAGGACGUGAUGGGCAUCAGUGAUGUCAUCAGAUACAGAGUGUAUGAGCUGGUUGUGGAAGUGUCCUCUGUAUCUCCUGUCUCCCUCGGGUACUGUGCAAACAGUAGCUUCAUCUCACAGCUUCUGGAAGAACUGACUGGAGAAGAUGUACUUGUCAGAGUGACUGCUAUCGAGAUGGUCACCAGCUUGGCUCAGAGCCAGCAUGGCCGUCAGUACCUCGCCCAGCAAGGCAUUAUGGACAAGAUAUCUAACAUGAUCACAGCUGCAGAUUCCGACCCAUUCUCCAGCUUCUACCUGCCAGGUCUGGUGAAGUUCUUCGGUAAUCUCGCAGUGAUGGACAGCCCUCAGCAGGUGUGUGAGAGUUAUCCAGCAUUCCUCAACAUGGUGUUUACCAUGGCAAUGAACCCUGACCCAACACAGACCCCUGUUGCCCUGGACACGCUUGGAUUACUGGGGGGCACCGUGGAGGGCAAACAGGUUCUGCACAAAACAGGUGAACAGUUCAAAACUGUGUUGAAGAGAAUGAGUCUGCUGGCAACAGACGAUACAACUGAUCUCAGAGUGAGGAGUCUGGAGGCCAUCGCCCAGUUGCUGACACUACCUUUGGAGCAGCAAACAGAUGAUCUGCUGUUGCUGACAGAGUCUUGGUUUUCUCUGCUGAGCUCUAAGCCGAUGGAGAUGAUCAGAAACAUCAGCACUCAGCCCUUCCCUGAGUUACACUGUGCUGCACUCCGCAUCUUCACUGCAAUAGCAUGUCAGGAGUGGGCUCAGCGAUUAAUGAUGUCAACACCAGGUUUCGCUGAGUGGGUGGUGGAUCGCUCUGUGGGUAAAGGCAAGAAGGCCAAGGACUGUAAGUUUGAGCUUGUGGGGGCGCUGCUGAGCUCGUCCAGCAUACGAGAGAUUUUCGGGGCUCAAAACUACCUAAAGCUCAGAGCCUACCUGGAUGAAGGGCCGUACUACGUCAGCGCAGUGUCCACUGUCACCACUGAGGGAGCGGACUGAGUGAAAGAAGAAUGGGAAAAAAAGAACACACACACAUACAUGCAUACAUCAAAAACAGUAAUAGAUCUCCCUUUUAACACUCAAUAUUAAUGUUAUGGUUCUGUAAUUCUCAUUUUGUCCAGUUGGAAUAACCAUCUGUUCUUCUCACGUUCUCUUCCUCUGUAUUUCUCCUACAAAUACACACACAUUACUAAUAUGCCAAUAUUGUUGCACUUAAUUUCAUUUGAUUUCUUUUUUUUUUACAGUUCUGAACUUUGUAUUAUUAAAGGAUAAAAUAUG